UUUUCGUGGUAAUGACGGUGCAUUCAUAAAACAAAACUUCCUCGGAAUUCAAUAAACACGAUCAUGAAAAUUAAAAACAAAAAAAAUGGUAUGGCUAAAAUAUUAUCGACGAAAAAGUGUCAUAGUAUCCAAACGGUUUCUAUGAUUAAAAGUAAUAAGGAAAGAGAUUUUAGUUUUCCGUAAACCAUUGAUUUGACUAUACGAGUUGUUUCAAACUUACGGCGAGACAGUAGAACACAUAAACAUACCUCUCUGUGGACCGUUGUUUCCGAUCGGCUCGUACAACCUUUCCGGCUGAUACAUCAGGAAGCACCAGUGCUACGUACAUAGCUAGUUUACUCGAACGUGAGACAUCAUGAAUUCACUACCAUACGCAACGGUAUGGGACUUGGGAUUGCCGGCAACACCAGCAGACAUGAGUUCCGAGAACGGAGACUAUUGCCUCAGCGACAUGGUAAGGGUCGGUUACCUGACAAAACUGCGUGAAACGCUAAUGUCCAACAUAAAAGAAAACACUGCGAGCGACCGCGGCUCGGCUGAAGACGGAACCAUUGAAAUGUUCGUGGAGAAGUGUUUGAGCGAGAUGGAAAAGGAAGCGAUAAGGAAAUGCAUGGUAGCAGAGAUUUACUGCGAUGCAAUGCGUAAAACGAUAGACGAAGUGAAAAGCUGUACAGGCACGUCAACGAUUCACGACCAGUUGAUGACGACCAUCAUAGCGCAAUCGGACAGUCGAAAUCGUGAAACCGCAUCGACGAUGGAGGUCGCUGUUUUUGAUGUCAAGGAAAGACAGCAGAACUCCUGUGGCGACGCGUACCUACUUCAGUUUCCGACGCAGGCACAAAUCUUCGAUCAACAGGACGAACAGGCCAUUAUGACACUGGCCAUCGAAAAUUUCAAGUGUACAUCAAUGUUUUCGGGAUCGACAACGGAAGACAUUGUGGACCCGAAUACCGUACGACCCGAGAUGAUUAACAUCGUUAAGAAUGAUAAAAAUCUCAGUGCAAUGGUGGCUACGACGCACGAGUUCCGAAGGAACAUGAGAAGACUACCCCAAACCAUGCGAGCCCGGAUAGACCAAAAGAUGAAUCAAGUAUUUGGUAACUGCCUUAAUCACGAGUAUCGACCAAUAUUCCUGUCCCUAGAAGAGGAACGGAUAAUUUCUUACGAAAGGAUCAUGCUGUUGGUCUCAGACCACAUGAGACCAUAUUUUGAGCACGGACAAAUCAAAAAAUCCUCCGACUUCGAGAUUCUUGUCCAACUCAUAUCGAGGACCAUGAUGGAAAGCGCCAGCGAUCCGACUGAAAGCACAAUAAACCAAACUAUAGACGGUUUUUUCACCGGUCACCCGUACAAAACCGCCGAUCAUUUCAUAGCCAACAACCGUUAUUUUUUCCAAUCGGAUCGGCCGUUAUAAUGGUCCAAACCAAAUGACGUCUCGAUAAUACACACCGAAAUAUUAGUACACACGUACCGUUUUUGUUAUUAUGAUAUGUAGCAAUGACUUUCAUUGCACUAUUGCUUUAAACGUCAACUAGGAUUUUGUGAAAUUCACAAGACUGUCGGUUGGCUUGGUUGUGACAACACAUUAAUGAAGCCCGUUGGCCUUA